AUGAAGCUCAAACUAUACGUGUAUAGGAUGUCACAACCUGCGCGUGCAAUUUUGAUAUUCUGCAAGGUCAAUGGUAUAGAUUUUGAGGAGGUGAAUAUCAACCUACCCAAAUGCCAGCAUUUAUCUCCUGAAUUCAAAAAAAUAAACCCUAUGGGACAAGUUCCCGCUAUUGCUGAUGGCAGCUUUAAUCUGUUUGAGAGUCAUGCAAUUCUUGUCUAUCUUGCUUGUGCGUUUCCUGGAGUAGCAGAUCACUGGUAUCCUGCUGAUCUUUUCAGGAGAGCUACAAUCAACUCAGUGUUGGAUUGGCACCACUCUAACUUACGCCAUGGUGCAUCAACAUAUGUUCUAAAUACUCUACUUGCACCUUUUCUUGGACUUCAAUUGAAUCCACAAGCAGCUGCUGACGCUGAGAAACUUUUGUCCUCCUCUUUGUCAAAAAUAGAGUCUAUUUGGCUCAAAAGGAAUGGAAAGUUCUUGUUGGGUGGCUUUCAACCAUCCAUAGCAGAUCUCAGCCUGGUUUGUGAAAUUAUGCAACUUGAGCUUUUGGACGAGAACGACCGCAUUCGGAUACUUGGCCCGCACAAGAAAGUUCUAGAGUGGAUUGAGAAUACAAAAAAUGCGACGAGACCUCACUUUGAAGAAGUACAUCAAGUGCUCUACAGAGCCAAAACGAGAUUUCAAGAGCAGCGGUCGAUGGGAGCAAACAACACUAAUUCGAGCAAAAGAUUGGGUUUGCCUUCAAAGAUGUGAGAAUCCAUUUCUUCAACAACAGAGAACAGCAUACAACACUAACGGAGGAUGCUGCCAUUGCAGCUCCUGCAAUCCAUGGUGGUAAUCUGAACCUAGUGGAAGGAAAAAGGACCCCUGCAGCUAUCGGGAUUCCAAGCACAUUGUAACCCAAUGCCCAAAUGUAGUUCAGACGAAUACGGGAAAAGGUUUUCCGGGAAAGGUCAAUGGCUGUUAUAACAUCUUCCAAGUUGCUCUUCAUAAGAACAAUGUCAGCUGCCUCGAUCGCAAUGUCUGUGCCAGCACCAAUUGCCAUUCCAACAUCUGCUGCCACAAGUGCCGGUGAGUCAUUGAUCCCAUCUCCCACCAUUGCCACGGUGUAGCCUGAAGCCUGUAAAUGAGAAAAGUAUGGCUUAAUGUAUUAGAAAGCUACCAAGUUUUCUGAGAAAUAAGUUCUUAACGGUAAAUCUUGCCUGCAAAUCUUUUAUAUUCUCAGCUUUGUGCUGGGGUUUGGCUUCUGCAAUCACCGUCUCAAUUUCAGUUUCCUUGGCAAUAGAAUUGGCUGUACCCCAAUUGUCACCUGUAACCAUGAUACUUCUAACUCCCAUGGAUUUAAGUAUGGAAAUGACUUCUCGAGCACCAGGUUUCAGUGGAUCAGAUAUGGCUAUAAUUCCUGCUAUUUCGUUAUCUACAGCUAUUAAAAUCCCAGUUUGAGCCAAUGCUUCAGUUUGUGCAAGUGCAACUUCAGCCUCCUCUGGAAUCGCAAUGUUAAUGUCCAGCAUUAAGCUCUUGUUGCCUACAGUUAUUUCCUUAUUUCGAACAACUGCCUUCACUCCUUGGCCGGUAAGGGAUGCAAAGUUUUGUGCUUCUGGCCAGGUAGAAUUCUCUUCAUCUUCUCUGAUUUUCUUGGCAUAUUCCACAAUAGCUUUGGCUAGUGGGUGCUCACUGUUUACCUAAUACAUUGACAUUACAAUCAGUUAUGAAUGAAGAUCAUGUUUCAUUA